AUGGAAACUGAAUUCCAUGAAGACAUCGUCCAAAAAAACCUUAAACAAUAUUACGUGCUGGUCAAGUCUCCCACUACAGAUCACGUCACGUGCUGGUCAAGUCUCCUACUACAGAUCACGUCACGUGCUGGUCAAGUCUCCCACUACAGAUCACGUGAUGGUCAAGUUUCCCACUACAGAUCACGUGCUGGUCAAGUUUCCCACUACACAUCACGUGCUGGUCAAGUCUCCCACUACAGAUCACGUCACGUGCUGGUCAAGUCUCCCACUACAGAUCACGUGCUGGUCAAGUCUCCCACUACAGAUCACGUCACGUGCUGGUCAAGUCUCCCACUACAGAUCACGUGCUGGUCAAGUCUCCCACUACAGAUCACGUCACGUGCUGGUCAAGUCUCCCACUACAGAUCACGUGCUAGUCAAGUCUCACACUACAGAUCACGUUACGUGACGGUCAAGUCUCCCACUACAAAUCAUGUGAUGGGCAAGUCUCCCACUACAGAUCACGUGCUAGUCAAGUCUCCCACUACAGAUCACGUGAUCGUCAAGUCUCCCACUACAGAUCACGUAUCUGAAACAAAACUAACAGGAUCCAACUGCACUAAGACAUCACAACAAAAACAACAGGACCCAACAGCACCAAGACAUCACAACAAAAACAACAGGACCCAACAGCACCAAGACAUCACAAACCAACAAGACCCAAAAUCACCAAGACAUCACAAACCAACAGGACCCAACAGCACGACGACAUCCCAAACCAACAGGACCCAACAGCACCAAGACAUCACAAACCAACAGGACCCAACAUCAUCAAGACAUCACAAACCAAGAGGACCCAACAGCACCAAGACAUCACAAACCAACAGGACACAACAGCACCAAGACAUCACAAACCAACAGGACCCAACAGCACCAAAACAUCACAAACCAACAGGACACAACAGCACCAAGACAUCACAAACCAACAGGACCCAACAGCACCAAGACAUCACAAACCAACAGGACACAACAGCACCAAGACAUCACAAAACAACAGGACCCAACAGCACCAAGACAAAACAACAGGACCCAACAGCACCAAGACAUCACAAACCAACAGGACCCAACAGCACCAAGACAUCACAAACCAUAAGGACCCAACAGCACCAAGACAUCACAAACCAACAGGACCCAACAGCACCAAGACAUCACAAACCAACAGGACCCAACAGCACCAAGACAUCACAAACCAACAGGACCCAAGAGCAACAAGACAUCACAAACCAACAGGACCCAACAGCACCAAGACAUCACAAACCAACAAGACAUCACAACAAAACCAACAGGACCCAACAGCACCAAGACAUCACAAACCAACAAGACAUCACAACAAAACCAACAGGACCCAACAGCACCAAGACAUCACAACAAAACCAACAGGACCCAACAGCAUUAAGACAUCACAACAAAAACAACAGGACCCAACAGCACCAAGACAUCACAACAAAACCAACAGGACCCAACAGCAUUAAGACAUCAAAACAAAAACAACAGGACCCAACAGCACCAAGACAUCACAAACCAACAGGACCCAACAGCACCAAGACAUCAAAACAAAACAACAGGACCCAACAGCAACAAGACAUCACAAACCAACAGGACACAACAGCACCAAGACAUCACAACAAAAACAACAGGACCCAACAGCACCAAGACAUCACAACAAAAACAACAGGACCCAACAGCACCAAGACAUCACAAACCAACAGGACCCAACAGCAACAAGACAUCACAAACCAACAGGACCCAACAGCACCAAGACAUAACAAACCAACAGGACCCAACAGCAUUAAGACAUCACAAACCAACAGGACCCAACAGCACCAAGACAUCACAACAAAACCAACAGGACCCAACAGCAUUAAGACAUCACAAACCAACAGGACCCAACAGCACCAAGACAUCACAAACCAACAGGACCCAACAGCACCAAGACAUCACCACAAAAACAACAGGACCCAACAGCAGCAAGACAUCACAAAAACAACAGGACCCAACAGCAGCAAGACAUCACAAAACAACAGGACCCAACAUCUCCAAGACGUAACAAUGAAACAAAACCAAGUCACACACAAUUUUGCCAGAUGUCUGGAUGCCCCAAUAUUGGCCGAACCCAUCGAUUGA